UGGGACGGCACUGCCUGCUGCUGCCUUCUGGAUCCUGGGGUGUGUAUGGCUGUGUGGGUGGGAGCUGGUGGGGCAUCUGAGUGCGUUUGUCGAACUCCUUUCUCGAGGAGAGCUCCAGCCAAGGACAGCUCAUAUCCCUUUAUCUGAAGCUGGGAGUAAGCUCCUGACUGUGGCAACGUGCUUGCUAAUAUGGCUCCCAAAAAGAAGACUGUCAAAAAGAACAGAGCAGACAUCAAUGAGAUGACCAUCACAGUGGAAGACAGCCCCCUAAGCAAACUAAGUGCUCUGAACGGGCUGCUAGAUGGAGGCGAUGGCCUUAGCUGCAUUUCUUCUGAACUAACAGACACUUCUUACGGCCCUAACCUACUGCAAGGUUUAAGUAAAAUGAGGCAAGAAAGCUUCCUUUGUGACUUAGUCAUUGGUACCAAAACCAAAUCCUUUGAUGUUCAUAAGUCAGUGAUGGCUUCAUGCAGCGAGUACUUUUACAACAUCCUAAAAAAAGAUCCAUCAACUAAAAGGGUGGACCUUAAUGAUAUUGCCCCUUUAGGCCUAGCCACAGUGAUUGCAUAUGCCUAUACUGGAAAGCUGACCCUCUCUCUGUACACAAUAGGCACCAUCAUUUCUGCUGCUGUUUACCUUCAGAUCCAUACUCUCGUGAAGAUGUGUAGUGAUUUUCUGACACGCGAGAUUAGUGUUGAGAACUGCAUGUAUAUUGUUAAUAUUGCUGAAACAUACUCCUUGAAAACUGCAAAAGCAACAGCCCAGAAAUUUAUACGAGAUAACUUCAUUGAAUUUGCCGAAUCUGAUCAUUUUAUGAAGCUUACAUUUGAACAAAUUAAUGAGCUUCUUAUAGAUGAUGACUUACAAUUGCCUUCUGAGGUAGUAGCAUUCCAGAUCGCAAUGAAAUGGUUAGAAUUUGACCAAAAGAGAGUGAAACAUGCAGCAGACCUCUUGAGCAAUAUUCGCUUUGGUACCAUCUCUGCACAAGACCUGGUCAAUUAUGUUCAGUCUGUACCGAGAAUGAUGCAGGAUGCCGACUGCCACAAGCUGCUAGUGGAUGCUAUGAACUACCACUUACUGCCGUAUCAUCAAAACACUCUGCAGUCUAGGCGAACAAGAAUCCGAGGCGGCUGCCGAGUUCUUGUCACUGUUGGAGGACGCCCAGGCCUGACUGAGAAGUCCCUUAGUAGAGACAUUUUGUAUAGAGACCCUGAAAAUGGAUGGAGCAAACUUACAGAAAUGCCGGCCAAGAGUUUCAAUCAGUGUGUGGCUGUGAUGGAUGGAUUCCUUUACGUAGCUGGUGGUGAAGACCAGAAUGAUGCCAGAAAUCAAGCCAAGCAUGCAGUCAGCAACUUCUGCAGGUACGACCCCCGCUUCAACACCUGGAUCCACCUGGGCGGCAUGACGCAGAAGCGCACGCACUUCAGCCUGAGCGUGUUCGACGGGCUGCUGUACGCCGUGGGGGGCCGCAACGCCGAGGGGAGCCUGGCUUCGCUCGAGUGCUACGUGCCCUCCAGCAACCAGUGGCAGCCCAAGGCCCCGCUGGAGGCGGCGCGCUGCUGCCACGCCAGCGCCGUGGCGGACGGCCGCGUGGUGGUGACCGGCGGCUACAUCGGCGGCGCCUACUCGCGCUCCGUGUGUGCCUAUGACCCCGCGCGCGACGCGUGGCAGGAGCUGCCCGCGCUAAGCACGCCCCGCGGCUGGCACUGCGCCGUGGCGCUGGGCGGCAGGGUGUACGUGAUGGGGGGCAGCCAGUUGGGGCCCCGCGGCGAGCGCGUGGACGUGCUCUCGGUGGAGAGAUUCUGCCCCGCCGCGCGCUGCUGGAGCUUCGUGGCGCCGCUGCCCGUGGGCGUGAGCACGGCGGGCGCCUCUGCGCUGCACGGCCGCGUCUACCUGCUGGGCGGCUGGAACGAGGGCGAGAAGAAGUACAAGAAGUGCAUCCAGUGCUUCAGCCCCGAGCUCAACGAGUGGACGGAGGACGACGAACUGCCCGAGGCCACCGUGGGCGUGUCCUGCUGCACCCUGGCCAUGCCCAACAGCGUGACGCGCGAGUCGCGGGCCAGCUCGGUGUCCUCCGUGCCGGUCAGUAUCUGAAGCCGGGGAGAAGCGGGGACGCGGGA